GCGAAGUGGAAACACCCUGAAAGCCAUACACGACUCAGAGUCGUACUGAUCAAAGCCAAUCCAUACCUAUUCGGUAACGAACACAAACCCCUUACAUUACUUUGAUAGGGUAUUAUAAAGAGUGGUUACGUGUACGUAGCUUAGCUAUCCAUUUUGGAAUUACUUGAAGCCGCCGACCUUUUCACGUGUGCACACUCCGUGCUCAUGGAUGUUUUAGAAGACUACGUUUCUCCUCCAUCUCUCCCUAGGCCUCUUGAUGGCAGCCCGGGCGUUACGGCGGUAGCCCGCGCCAAUGGCAUCAGUGGUCCAGUCGCCCACAAACUUAGGAACUAUCUACGGCAGAAGGCUCUGAAGAUGGACGCGUUCAUUGCGGAAUUAGUGAAGGCGUCCGAGUACUGCGGCGCCAAGCACGUGCAAGAGGCGCUGGUGACCACACUUGGCAUCGACGCCUUGGAGUCGAUCACACUCCUUCGUGUUCUUGUCCCCAAGGACAACAACGAGCGCCGGAACAGUAACGCCUCAUCUGUAACUGAGCCUUCCACAACCAAGCAAGUGGCCAAGCACUUGUCCUCCACCAUACCAUUGAAGUACCAGGUGGUCGUUAAGAAGGUUGCGAAGCCCGACGCCAUCAAGAUAAACAAGUGGUACACGUGCGGCCUCUCAAAGGUUCAGCAGGAAGACAAGGCUACGUACGACGGUGUCUAUGACGCCUUGAAGGCGAAGCUGCAGAACGCGAUGGUCAACCAUCAGUCAGAGAAGAAGAAGUCGGACUCCUUUAAGGCCAUCGGACUGACGACUGCAGACAAGGCUAAGCUCGAGACCGUGGCGACCAUGGACGCCGUCAGUGCGACCGAGCUCUUUAAGGAGUGGGUGACUGCCCAUGUCGAGGGCAGCACUCAGCCAGCAGGUCAGGAACGCAAGAAGAGCAACCACACGGCUGCAACUGAGGGCCAGGCCAACGUUAUGGAGACGCAGCAGGAGCCCCUCGGCCAGAAGAGCAGCCGCCAGGAUGGGGAUGAGGGAGAUGAUGGGGACUACAGCAGGGAGGACGAGGGCAGGGAAGACGAGGGCGAGGGCGGGGAGGACGACGGCUAG